UGAGGGGGACGUACAUAAGAGCGUGGUGGAAUCUCUCAGUGUAGAAGAGUCGCUUCAGACAACGUGAGGUGUCAUUCUUUAUCCAGUGGGACAGUCUGUUCUUCCCUUUUGUAUUUUUUCACAUAGCUGAAGGGACCUGGUGAACAGACACAGAGAGCCAAACAAUGGAAUGCUCUCUCUUUCCUACACAGCUCACAGCUCAACAGACUGAGGUCAGACGGCUUAGUUAGCAGAGUGCCUCUCCCCUAGAACUUACUCAGCAAGGGGAAGAAGAGCGAAAAAAAAAAAAAAAAAAACAGGAGAGGGAAAAGUUCCUUCAAAGCAACAGCACCUUAUUUUAACUUGGAUCUUGACGUUAUUUAUUUUUUCGGAUCUAUUGGAGCCACUCAAAAGAAUCCCAAGAUGGAGCUGGAAUCGUACCUUUGGAUGGUAAUUUUAGGAUUCAUCAUCGCCUUCAUCCUGGCUUUUUCGGUUGGGGCCAACGAUGUGGCCAACUCCUUUGGCACAGCAGUGGGUUCGGGGGUAGUCACACUACGCCAGGCCUGCAUCCUCGCCUCUAUCUUUGAGACUCUGGGGUCCAUGCUUCUCGGGGCAAAGGUUGGGGAGACCAUUCGGAAGGGAAUCAUUGAUGUCAGCUUGUACAAUGACACGGUGCCUGUGCUUAUGGCGGGUGAGGUCAGCGCCAUGGUUGGGUCAGCCGUUUGGCAACUCAUUGCCUCUUUCCUGAAGUUACCCAUCUCUGGAACACAUUGUAUUGUGGGAGCCACAAUCGGCUUUUCUAUGGUGGCUAUUGGCACCAAAGGGGUGCAAUGGAUGCAGCUUGUGAAAAUUGUUGCCUCCUGGUUCAUCUCCCCUCUGCUGUCAGGACUUAUGUCUGGGAUUCUGUUCUUCGUCAUUCAGUAUUUCAUUCUCGAUAAGGACGACCCUGUUCCCAAUGGCCUUCACGCCUUGCCUCUCUUCUAUGCCUCUACUAUUGGCAUCAAUACGUUCUCCAUCCUGUACACAGGAGCACCUUUACUGGGUUUAGAGAUGCUCCCAGUAUGGUCCAUUGCCCUCAUCACCCUGGCUGGCUCAUUAGUCUGUGCAGCCCUGGUCUGGAUUUUUGUUUGCCCCUGGAUGAGACGGAAAAUAGCAAGUCAGCUAAAGAAAGAACAGUGUUUGUCCCGCAUCUCGGACGAGAGUUUGGAUAAGAUCCCCGAGGAGGAAGAGGAGGCCCCCGUCUUCAAAGAGCUGCCGGGGGCCAAGGGCAGCGAUGACGCUGUGCUGCCCCUCACAGGACGAGGCCCAGUGGAGUCCUCUGGGGAGUUAAACAGCCUGGCCAAUGGGGGCACUGUCCUGCCCAAUGGCAGAGUGUAUGGCCGGACUCACUCCAUGACCAACGGCUGCCUGAAAUCCCCAGUAUCCAAUGGCAGCUUUAGCUUUGAUGGCCACAUGCGUAGCGAUGGCCAGGUUUAUCACACUGUGCACAAAGACUCAGGCCUCUACAAGGACCUGUUGCACAAGAUCCAUCUGGGCCGUCUGGAGGACGACCGCAGCGGGUCUCGGGCUGAUAACAACUACCGCCUCCUGAGACGCAACAACAGCUACACCUGCUACACCGCGGCCAUCUGCGGCAUGCCUGUCCAGCCCCUGCUGCGGUCCGAGUCUAGCACGGCACCCGAGGACAGCGAGAAGCUGGUGGGCGACACCGUCUUCUACUCCAAGAAGCGGCUUCGUUACGACAGCUAUUCCAGCUAUUGCAACGCCGUGGCGGAAGCCGAGAUCGAGGCGGAGGAAGGGGACGUGGACGUAAAGCUAGCCGCGGACAAAAGGGAGCCCACACCACCAGCUGCCCUCGAGGACUGCCCCGAAGAGGACAAGGAGGACAAGGAUAAGCCUCAGGUUUUCCUUCUCUUCCACUUUUUGCAGAUUCUCACUGCCUGCUUUGGGUCCUUCGCGCACGGAGGAAAUGAUGUCAGUAAUGCCAUUGGGCCUCUGGUGGCUCUUUGGAUGAUUUACGAGCAGGGAGGGGUGAUGCAGGACGCCGCCACUCCUAUCUGGUUGCUGUUUUAUGGCGGGGUGGGCAUCUGUGCCGGCCUAUGGGUGUGGGGUCGCCGAGUCAUCCAAACCAUGGGCAAGGACCUUACCCCCAUCACGCCAUCCAGUGGAUUCACUAUUGAGCUGGCUUCAGCGCUCACUGUUGUGUUUGCUUCCAAUAUCGGAAUCCCUGUCAGUACCACACACUGCAAGGUGGGCUCAGUGGUAGCGGUGGGCUGGAUCCGGUCCCGUAAGGCUGUGGACUGGCGUCUCUUCCGGAACAUCUUCCUGGCCUGGUUCGUCACCGUGCCUGUGGCAGGCCUUUUCAGCGCCGCUGUGAUGGCUCUGUUUGUCUAUGGCAUUCUGCCUUACGUCUGACCUGAAAAACGAGGGAGAGAGGUAGAGGAGGGGAAAGGUUGAAGGCAGUAAAGGAUAAAUGAAAAGAGAGAGAGAGAGAUGGGAUGAGAGAAAAGGGGCGCAACGGAGAGAGAGAGGUAGGCGUAGAAUGAGACAGAAAGAAAGAGUGAACAGCCAGAAGGAAAUAAUGGGGGAAAAGGGUUUGGUCAAGUGCUGCCUGGAAAGCUUCCAGAAUAUUCUGACUUCUAUGUCCUGUGUAUGUUGUUUUAUCAGAGUAUUUAUUUUUUUUUCUUUUUUCUUUUUAGCUGUCGUACCAGAAACUUUUUGGUCUCAUUUACUGUGAUUUAUGAAGUGGUGCAUUUCAUGUACUAAUACAGUUUUAACAGAUCAGUGUUCUUAUGAAAUACCAUUCACACAUGAGUGUGUAAAGAGAUAGACAGAUAUGCGCACACACACACACACACACACACACACACACACACACACACAGUAAAAUCCAGUAGUGUUCAUGUAUAUAUCUACCAGAAUUCUCAUAAUACUUCUGCAUUGAGGAGCGAAAGUGUCAUGCAGCUGUUGAAUACAUCAUUUAGCCUCAUUACGGUGACAUUUCUAAGUGUCAGUAAACAUCUCAGACAUGGAUUUUACAGUUUCAGCAGUGCAAAAACAUAUGGACGCUGUAUUAACUGUGAUUUAGGUUUUGUAAAUACUGUUUCAUUGAAUGAUUUCUCCUGUGCUGAGUAUCUUCAACUAACGAAAUAGAAAUGUAAAUGUUUCAAACAGAAACAUUUAAAAAAAAAAGAAAAGAAACCACCCGCAAUCCUACGAUAUAGAAUCAAAAUUGGAAUCCUCCCCCUUUGUUCUGAAUGGGCUUUACUAUACAGACCUUUUUUUAAGAUGUUACAGUUGUUUCAAAAACCGGUUUCAAAAGCAUUAUUUCAAAAAUGUGUCUCCAUUUUAAUAAUACACACUGCUGUAAUUUUUACUGUAAAUAUGUCCUCAUUAGAUUGAUUAUCUUCUUCUUUUCUAUCUUUUUUUUUUUUCUUUUUUUGGUCAUAGUAUGGUGCAUACUAAACCACAAAAUAUGGGCCAUCCCUCUAUGAUAUCCAUUUUUUCACCAUCAGAUGAAUCAAAAGAAUAUACCAUAUCUAGUCUAGAACCCUUCUUAUAUCUUAUGAUCUUAUGAAUUGCUUUCAGGCAAUACCAAAAUACCAAAAACAUAAAAUGCAUGCAUAAUAAUUCUCCCAGAAGCUUCUAUGUAAAGAGCAAAAAAGAAACAAAAAACAAAACAAAGAAAAAAAAAAACAAAAACAAAAAACCCUGGAACGCAAGUGUAACAGAAACUCCUGUCUAAUCUGAAUACGUUGAUAACAUUUAUCUUUUUUCUCAGAUUACUGCUUUGUGUUUAAGUGUCUGUUAAGAUUUCUCUCUCUCUAUGUGCUGACGGACGCUACUGCUUUUCAAAAUGGUUUAGCCAACUGCUACAGCAGCUUUCUAAAAUCUCAGCCUUUACAGUGUGUCUUCAGAUUCAGCUCAUUUACAUUCAACUUAAUCAUGUAAUCUGGGUGAUGAUACAUUUUUGGGUGGAUGGAUAAAUAUUUAAAUUUACAUAUAAUUUUAUCAUUUAAAUAUCUGCAUUCACACCAACA